GGUCCACCGGAAUAUUCGAAAACGGAAAUUGCUAGGAGACUACUGCGAGUUAAAAGAAAAUCAAACCCUCUUAUUGAGCAACAGAGAGCAGAGAGAAUGGUGAAGAAUUAAUUAAUAAAAGAAGAAGAAGAAAAGGAUUGAAAUGAGGAGAGUGGGAUGCGAUUAUCGAUGCCUUCUGAUACCAGCCGCACUCGCAUUCUUCUAUAUCCAGAUGCGGUUAUUUGUUACGCAAUCAAAGUACGAGGAUCGGCUUGCUGCUGCCAUUGAAUCAGAGAAUCAUUGUACAAGUCAAUCACGUUUGCUUAUUGAUCAGAUUAGUAUCCAGCAAGGCACUAUCGUUUCUCUUCAAGAACAAAAUAAACGACAAAGCGAAGAGUGUAGGCAGCUCAAGGCGCUUCUUGAAGAUCUUGAAAGAAAAGGCCUUAAAAAACUGGUUGAUAAGGUACCAGUGGCAGCAGUUGUGAUCAUGGCAUGCAAUCGUGCUGAUUAUCUAGAACGGACAAUUGAGUCUGUUUUGAAGUAUCAAAGCUCCGUUGCUUCAAAGUAUCCACUUUUUGUAUCUCAGGAUGGAACAGACCCAAAUGUUAGAAGCAAGGCUAUGAGUUAUGAUCAGCUAAUGUACAUUCAGCACUUGGAUUCCGAACCAGUACAUACAGAAAGGCCUGGGGAAUUGAUUGCAUAUUACAAGAUUGCAAGGCAUUACAAAUGGGCAAUGGAUCAAUUAUUUUACAAGCAUAAUUUCAGCCGAGUAAUUAUACUUGAAGAUGAUAUGGAAAUCGCUCCUGAUUUUUUUGAUUACUUUGAGGCUGCAGCAGCUCUUCUUGACAAGGAUAAGUCCAUUAUGGCCGUUUCCUCAUGGAAUGACAAUGGACAAAAGCAGUUUGUGCAUGAUCCUUAUGAACUUUAUCGGUCAGAUUUCUUUCCUGGACUUGGGUGGAUGCUGACUAAAUCAAUUUGGGACGAACUAUCCCCUAAAUGGCCAAAAGCUUACUGGGAUGAUUGGUUGCGAUUGAAGGAGAAUCAUAAAGGUCGACAGUUCAUUCGUCCAGAAGUGUGCAGAACAUAUAACUUUGGCGAACAUGGCUCUAGUAUGGGGCAGUUUUUCCAACAAUAUCUCCAGCCUAUUAAGCUGAACGAUGUAAAGGUUGAUUGGAAGUCGAGGGAUUUAAGCUACCUGAUGAAGGACAAGUAUACAAAGCAUUUUGCUGACAUUGUGAGAAAAGCUAAACCUAUCCAAGGAACUGAUGCUGUUCUUAAGGCCUCUAAUAUAGAGGGUGAUGUACGUAUCCAGUACAAGGACCAACCAGACUUUGAAAGGAUUGCACGCCAGCUUGGUAUUUUCCAAGAGUGGAAGGAUGGAAUACCAAGGACAUCAUUUAAAGGAGUAGUUGUUUUCAGAUACCGAACAACAAGACGUGUAUUCCUUGUCGGCCCAGAUUCUCUUAGGCAACUUGGGAUCAAGGAUGCUCGAAACAUAUGAAAUGAGAGAUCAUGCGCUGUUAGUUCCAUAGAGUUUGGUUUUUAUCUUGUAGCAUUGCUGACGAGCACGAGGAAGGGGGACACCAUCAGAUACCGAAGUAGAGUAAGUUCUUGUCUAUCUUUAAAUUAGCAGAACUCAAAGAAGGAAAUGCGUGUAUAUUUGAGUCGUUAGAGAGGCAGUCAGGCGAAGAGAUAUGGCUACACACAGCCAGACACAAGCAUAGUUGAUCCUGAACGACAUAGUGGAAUCAGCUUCUAUUUCAGAUAGGGCUUUUCUUGAGCCUUUUUGGGGUCAUAUUUACAUCUGAUCACUGUAUGAGAUGCCUGAUUCUUAUGCUCCUCGAGUGGAGUUAGCAUGCGUGUCUUGUUAUUGGAUAUAGCAUUCAUCGACGACGUUGUUCUUACUAAUGUUUUUCUUAACCAUUACAUGCCAAGUGAUCAUCGACUUGUGACUGUU